GUCGUUUGGGUCGAACGUGUCCGUCGUAACGCCUUCGAGUCGCAUCGCCAGAUAAAUUCGCUUCUUGCCUGGCUGCUGCCUGCCGCCGCCCCAUCUAGUGCUAGUGCUGCUGCUGCUGCCGUAGUGCGAAUUAUCGUCGUCGUUGUCGUUGUCGUCGUCGUCGUCGCCGUCGUCGUCAUUGUCGAACGUCAUCGAAGUAGCCCGGAGUGCGUUUCCUAGUGUGGAAUCUGCUGCUGGGCUCCACCAGCCAGCCGCCAGGCCUGCUGCUAAAGUGAUUUUCGUUUGUUUGCACUGGUUCGGGAAGCCCCCCUCCCGUGGGUGUGUGAGGUGAGGAGGUGAGAAAAGUUUUCCUCUGUGCGGUGGUGGUGAGGAGUGUUUGCAGCAUCCAGCAGCGAAAUCUCAGCUGAUAAGCCGUGCGAUACAAGAAGCAACAGCGCAACUUGUGCUAAUUUAUCUGGAACAACUCGAAUAAUAGCGAAGAAAACGCAGUGAAAAUACGAUUUGUGAAUAUUCACCCAGUGCAGUGUAAGAAACCAGCCACCAACCGUGGUCAGAGUGCGUUCCAAGAAGAUUCCACUGUGAAUUUGUCGUGAGUGUAAUAUUUUGCAAAGUAGGCGGCGAGAAGAACAAAAAAAAAACCAUCAUCAUCAUGGCCGAGGAGGAGAACACCUUGGACGAGAUGCCCGAGAACGAGAACAAGUUCGCGAUGCGGAACCGCGGCCGCAAGGGAGCGCUGAAGAAGAAGAACGUCUAUAAUGUCAAGGAUCAUCGCUUCAUCCCGCGCUUCUUCAAGCAGCCCACGUUCUGCUCGCACUGCAAGGAUUUCAUUUGGGGAUUUGGCAAGCAAGGCUUUCAAUGUCAAGUUUGUUCCUUCGUCGUCCACAAACGAUGCCACGAGUACGUGACGUUCAAAUGUCCCGGUGCGGAUAAAGGAGCAGACUCAGACGACACUCGUACCAAACAUGAGUUUAAAGAGUGGACCUAUUCGAGUCCCACGUUUUGCGAUCAUUGUGGUUCGUUACUGUACGGUUUAAUUCAUCAAGGGCUUAAGUGUACAGCAUGUGAUAUGAACGUACACAAGCGGUGCGAGGAGAGCGUGCCGAACUUGUGCGGCUGUGACCACACCGAGCGACGAGGGCGCAUCCAGCUGGCCACCACAAACCAGGGCAACAAGCUCAACAUUCUAGUAAAACAGGGACGCAACCUAAUUCCAAUGGACCCGAACGGUUCCAGUGAUCCGUACGUCAAGAUCAAGCUCAUUCCAGACUCGGACAACGUGAAGAAGAAAACCAAAACCAUUCGGGCGUCGCUGAAUCCGGUGUGGAAUGAGACCAUCUCCUUUGAUCUCAAACCCGAAGACAAGGACCGUCGAAUCCUGAUCGAGGUAUGGGAUUGGGAUCGUACCUCGAGGAACGACUUCAUGGGCUCGCUGUCGUUUGGCAUUUCGGAAAUUCUGAAAAACCCCGUGGACGGUUGGUUCAAGCUGCUGACCCAGGAGGAGGGCGAGUACUACAACGUUCCCGUGCCGGAGGAGGGCACCGAUCUAGUGCAGCUGAAGAGUCAGAUGAGGAAAACGUCCAUAUCGAAGAAGGCACCAGUGCUUUGCGACAAGGACGUUCCUCACAACAUGGGCAAGAAGGACGUGAUACGGGCUACGGAUUUCAACUUCCUAAUGGUACUGGGCAAAGGGUCGUUCGGCAAGGUCAUGCUGGCCGAGCGGAAGGGAUCGGACGAGCUGUACGCCAUCAAGAUCCUGAAGAAGGACAUCAUCAUCCAGGACGAUGACGUCGAGUGCACCAUGGUCGAGAAGCGAGUGCUGGCGCUGUCCCUUAAACCGCCCUUCCUGGUACAACUACAUUCCUGUUUUCAAACUAUGGACCGGCUAUACUUCGUCAUGGAGUACGUCAACGGUGGUGAUCUCAUGUUCCAGAUACAGCAGUGUGGCAAAUUCAAAGAACCAGUAGCAGUUUUUUACGCAUCGGAAAUCGCCAUCGGGCUGUUCUACCUGCACACCCGGGGCAUCGUGUACCGCGAUCUGAAGCUGGAUAACGUUCUGCUGGACCAGGAUGGACAUAUCAAGAUCGCCGACUUUGGGAUGUGCAAGGAGGGCAUCGCCGGCGACAAAACGACCAAAACGUUCUGCGGCACACCGGACUACAUCGCUCCGGAGAUUAUUUUGUAUCAACCGUACGGGAAGUCGGUCGACUGGUGGGCCUACGGGGUGCUGCUGUACGAGAUGUUGGUCGGUCAGCCACCGUUCGACGGAGAAGAUGAGGAGGAACUGUUUGCGGCCAUCACCGACCAUAACGUGUCGUAUCCGAAGAGUUUGAGCAAGGAAGCCAAGGAUGUCUGCAAGGGGCUGUUGACCAAAAAUCCACAGAAGCGUUUAGGUUGUGGAGCUCGUGGCGAAGAAGACGUCCGAGCACAUGCGUUCUUCCGCCGGAUCGAUUGGGAGAAGAUCGAGAACCGCGAGGUGCAGCCGCCGUUCAAACCUAAGAUUAAACAUCGCAAGGACGUUUCGAACUUCGACCGUCAGUUCACCUCGGAGAAGACUGAUCUGACUCCGACGGACAAGCUCUUCAUGAUGAACCUGGAUCAGACCGAGUUCAACGGGUUCUCCUAUCUCAAUCCGGAGUUUGUGCAACACAUCUAAGGAAUUGAGUCUCGAUUUUGUGUAAGGCAACAGUCCGUUUAGCGUAGUUUCGAAAGGCGAAAAUCCUGCUCAACAAGAUCGACCAAAAAAAGUUUGAUCCCGUAAUAGCUAGAAGCCAGCAGGUGUGAAUCCAAAGAUGUGCGAGAAAAAAACCCCAAUUAGAUGUCGUAGGUGAAUCGUAUUAGGAAUCUUCUCUCUAGCGUGAUGUUACCCAAAAUAAUAAAAACCACUUUUGCUAUGGCGCUUGAGCCAGUUUUCCAGCUAGUGUGUUUCAAAACAAGUCUAUACAUUUCGGUCUUCCUCUCGCUGAAUAACUACUAAAAGAUAAUGUGAAACCAUUCAAAACGAACAAAUAUCGACACCAAAAUGCUCAGCAUCACUGGCAACACUGGCAAAAGCUUUGCUUGUGCAAUGGAAAACAAAAGAUGUUCCGUACGAUUUUCCAUCUACUCGGAAGCUUGAACGCUAGCUAGUCCCCCCUCGGCAAUAUUGUUGUUGUGAGAGAAAUGAGUACGGAAAGUAAGAUAAAUCCAGGCCAAAUAAUCUCGUAGUUCUGUUACUUCUACUAUUUAACGUGGCACCUUGUUAUUUACUAUACACCACACACCCGUUUUAUAUUUAAAGAGUAAAAUGUGGAAACUUUUUGAACUAUUAUUCCAUAUACAAAAACAAAAAGAGUAAAAGAUUGAAUCUAUUUAAUAGCGAAGAAAAAAAGAAAACAAAAAAUCCAUUGAUGUUGAAGUACGAUGAUAAGCAAAACUACACACAUACUCACCAAGACGACGCACGCGCGUAGCAGUGCGUGGAUCUACACAGAUUUGAAUCAUUAUUCACCAACGUUGCAUGUUUGGCACCACUUGCAAAUAAUGACAGUUCGAUGUAGAAAACAUGCGCGGUCGCGAAACAAUCCCCCGUUCCUUCCCCGGUAGCUAUUUUCUCGCGUCGUGUCGGUGUGUUCUUGCAAAUCUUCUUCCUACGCGCCUUCGAUGGCCAAACACGAUUAGCAACUCGCUGUAAUGAUUUGACCUUUAUUUCCACGCCACGUGGUUGCGUGGCAACGCAUAGCCUACUACUGUCACUAGAGGCGUUGAUUGGUUAAGGCUUGGAUGCAGUGACGAGCGUUGCGGCAUCCCUUGUCUACUUUGCGAUAAUCAUGAAUUAGGGCUGAAAUCACAGUAUCAUAACUCGGAAAUAUUUGACCAUUGCCAGAAGUUGACUUCUGACGAAAUGUCAUGGAGUAAUGGAGAUAAUUUUAGCAAAAUUCUAAGCUUAAGCCCUGAUGAAGUUUGACUUCAUUUAUAAGAAAAUUUACAAUGAAAUUUCUUGAAAUCUUCGGCGAAAGUUUAUUCUAUUGUCUCCUGACAAUAUGUUUAAAACUAUUUGAACUCUCUCAAGAUUUACUGGGAGAUUGAUUGUUUGUUUCAACAUUUUUUUCUGCAAUUUAUAAAUGAAAUUUGAAACCAUAACAUGUUUAAGGUUUUUGCUAGAGUUCUUCCAAAUAAUCCCAAGUAACAAUUUUAAGUCAAAUAGUCUAGAAGGGGUUCUUAAAACCAUCAUUAAAUCAAAAUAAAAGGUAUUAGGUUUUAUGACGGUUCAGAAAACCUUUACAAGACUAAUUUGCAAUUUACAUGUUAAAUGGGAUGUUUCAAACGGUUCUGAGACUUGACAUAACAUUUUUUUUCCAAAAUCCGUUACUAAAUCCUGAAGUUUAGCUAAGAAUUCCACCAAUAGUUCUUGAAAAUAUCUUCGAAAAUUUCCGGCAGAAACAAACAAGAAUAUUCCAAAACUAUUAUAAAACCAUUUUAAAAAUUUCUGGAGGAUUACCUCAAAAGUUCAGGAAAAUCUCUGGAAGGAUCCCUGAAGAAAUUCUUGACGUAUUGCCCAAAGUUUGCCUGUAGAACUUUAUGGAGAAUUGCCUAAGUUAAUUCUUGAAGAAAUUUUGAGAGAAUUUAUUGAAGGAUAUUUUAGAAAAAAAUCUUAACUCACUGGUCGAUUGGCUGAAUGUAUUUUUACCGAAAUCGCCUGAGAAAAAUUACUCCUGAGAGAAAUUAUUAGGGGAAUCCUGGGAAGAAUUGAAAAAGGGUCUCCCUUAGUGAAUUUACAAAACAUUUCUAGAAAGAUGUUUUAAGGAUGCCUAGAGAAAUCCUUGAAAAAAAUAUGAUGGAAUUUCUGAUGGUUUAAUCUAAUGGUUUUCAAAACGAAUAUUAUAAGUCAUAAGAAAUAAACACCCCCUGAAGAUGACACAAGCCUAGGGUAGGAUUAGGCGAACCAGCGACCAGGCUGAAAGCCUCUCAAAUACAGACACAAAAAAAAAGCCUAGGGUCGGAACGUCGGGCAAACAGGAAAAAUAUCGUUUAAUUAAAUAAAAACUGCGUAACCGAAAAUCAUGAGAUUUCUAGGAAAUUUUUUUGAGAAUCUUUAGAAAAUUUCUCGGAGAACCCCUGGAUGCAUUGUGGAAGGAAUCCCUGACAAUCUGCCCAGGUGGAAUUUCUGGAGGAAUUCCAAAUGGGAUUUUCUAAUAUAUCUCUGAAGGAAUUCUCGAAUUAAUCCCUGAACGGAUUUUCAAAUGAUAUCCUGAAGCAAUCCUCAGAGGUAUUUUUGAGGAAAUUCUAGGAGAAAUUUCUAAAGGAAUCGCCGGAUAAAUUCCUGAAUAGCAGUUUCUGAGUUCCUGAAAGAAUCAUGCGAAAAAAUCCUCAAGGAAUCCUGAGAUGAAUUCCUGAAGGAAACUGAGAAGAAAUUCCUGUAGAAAUUUCAGAAGAAACACCUAAACGAAUCCCGCGAGGAAUUCCUGAAGGAAUCUUGGGAGCAAUUUUUGUAGGAAUCCAGGAGGAAUUCUCGAAAUAGUUCUGGGAGAAAUUUCAAAAGCGUCUUCUCCUAGUGAAGUUUUUAGAGAUUUUCAUAAAAAAAUCUCAAGAAUGCCUGAAGGAGCCCUUGUGGGAAUUCUUAAAGAAAUUCCCAGAUAAAUUCCUGGACAUAACUCUUAAGAAAUAGUUGGAGGAAUUCCUGAAGAAAUCCCUGGAAAAUUUAUGGAGAAAUCCUUGCAGAAAUUCUAAAAGAAAUCAGUAAAAAAUAAUCUAGGAAGGAAAUUCUGAAUACAUUUUGUAUGGAAUCCCAGAAGAUAUUCUUGAAGUAAUAAAUUAAUUCCUCAAGAAAUUCUCCAGGUGAGAUUUCCAAAAAUAUCCUCAAUGAAAUUCCUGAAGCAUUGAAGGAAGAAACCAUGAAAGAAAUUCAUGAAAUAAUUCCUGAAGAAAUCUUGGAAGGAAGUCUGGAAAAAAUCGCGGAAAUAAUCCCAGGAGGAAUCCAGAAACAAUCCUUGGAGGAAAUAUAAGGUAAUUCUAGGAGAAAAUUCCUGAAAAUAUCCAGAAAGGAGUUCAUGAAGGAAUCCUGGGAUGAAUUCCUGAUGGAAUCUCGGGAGGAUUUCCUGAACGAAUCCCGCGAGGAGUUCCUGUAAAAAUCUCCGAAAAAAUUCUUGAACGAAUUCCUGGAAAAAAUUGUGAAGGAAUCCCGGAAAAAAAAUCUUGAAAAAUCCCGGAAACAAUUCCUGAAGCAAUCCCGAGAAGAAUUUUUGAAGGAAUUCCAGGAGAAAUUUCAGUAGGAAUUCCCCAGGGAAUCCUACGAUAAAGUUCUGAAAGAAUCUUUGGAGAAACUUCUGAAGAAUUCCCGGAAGAAAUUUCCUAAAAAAUCCCGGGCAUUCCAAAAAGAAUUCCAGGGAAAAUACCUGAUGUAAUUCCGGGAGCAAUUUAAGAAAAAAUGCCUCUGGAAAUCCCAGGAUAAAUUUCUGAAAAAAAUCCUGGAAGGAAUUGCAGAAGGAAUCCAUCCAGGAAUUCUCGGAGAAAUCACCAAUGAAAAUCUUAACGGAAUCUCGAGAGAAGUUCCUGAUCGAAUCUGGCGAUGAAUUCCUGAUAGAAUCCUGGUAGGAUUUUUUUUAAAUCUGGUAGAAAUUCCUGAACGAAUCCCGGCAGGAAUUCCGAAAGAUAUCCCGGAAGUCCCCUGAUUGAAUCUCAGGAAAAAUUUUGAAGAAUUUGGAAUUUCUGAAGGAGCCCCGAGAGAAAUUACUGAAUGAUUCUUGGAUGAAAUUCCAGAACGAAUUCCGGGAGAAAUCCCUUAAGGAAUUCUGGGAGGUAUCAUAGGCGAAAUUUCAAAAAUAAUUUCAGGAGCUGUACUUCUCCUGAAGGAUUUCCAAGAGAAAUUUUCUUAGAGAGUCCAAGAAUAAAUUUCUGCAAACAUUUUUGUAAGAAAAAAGCAAUCCCGGGAGGAAUUCCCGAUUCAAUUGCAGAACCCCUCUGAAGAGUUUUUUUUUGAAGAAAUCUCGGAAGAAAUGUCUAAAGAAAUCCUGGAAAAGUUCCCUAAUAAAUUUCGAAUAAAAUUCCUGAAGGAAUUCUGGAAGAAAUUCCUAUAGGAAUCCUGGGGAAAUCAUAAACGAAAUUCCUAAAAAAAAAAUUCCAGGAUAAAUUCCGGAAGAAUCUCAGAGAAUUCCGGGAGCAAAUUUCUGGAGGAAUUCAUCAGGAAAUCCCAGGAUAAAUUUCUGAAAAAAAAUCCUAGGGAAAUUUCUGAAGGAUUCCCGGGAGAAAUUCCCAAAAAAAUCUCGGAAGGAGUGCCUGGAGGAAUCUUGGUAUGUAUCAUAGGUGAAAUUCCAAUAAGAAUUAAAGUAGAAAUUUAAGAAGGAAUCCCAGGAAUUUCCUGAAUGAAUCUUAAGACGAAUACCUGGUGGAAUCUUUGGAGGAAUUUCUGAAGGAAUUUUGAGAGAAACUCCUGAAUGAAUUUUGGGAGGAGUUCCGCUGGUAAUUCCUGAAGAAAUCUCAGAAAAAAUUCUAGAAUAAUUUCCAGGGCGGUAUUCCUGAACGAAUUCCGCGAGAAAAUUCUGAAGAAAUUUCAAGAGGCAUUCCGAAAGAAACCAUAGGCGAAAUUCUGAAAAGGAAUCUCAAGCAAUUUCAGAAGAAAUUUCUGAAAGAAUUCCUAAAUUUUCACUAACACAACUUUUGACUUAAUCCCUGGCAAAUACCAGGGAAACAAGGAAGCAAUUUCUAAUUGCAUAUCUGCAGAUAUUUCAGGGUGAAUUACUGAAGGACCUGGACGAAUUCCUAAUACAAUCUUCAGUAGAAUUUCUGAAAGAAAUUCCUUCAGAAAUCUUUAUUGGGGAAACUUGGUAGACGAAUCUCUGUUGUGGUUAUGAAUAACUAGUGAAACGUCAUGAAAUAUUCCCAAAUUUAUGAAGGGACCCCAGGAUUUUUUUUUUUUUGAAAAUACUCGAGGAUUUCCUGAAGAAAUCCUGGGAGAAAUUCUUAAAAAAAUCUCGGAAGGUAUUGCUGAAGAAAUUCCGGGAGGACGGUAUUCUCAAAGAAGUUCCGCUAAGAAUUCGUGAAGAAAUCCCGGUGAUAAUUUCUGAAGGAAUCCUUGGGGGGAUUCUUCUCUCUCGUUUGUCGGGUGAAGAUAACUGCGUCCAGAUUUUAGAACUAUUGUGAUAUACCUUUUUGCUGUGAGGUAAAUGUAGAAUUUCUAAAGCAAUCCUUGGGGAUAGUUCUUAAAAAAGCUUCUGAGAAAAUAUUGAAUGAGUUCUAUAUUUCUGAUUUCUAAUGUAUCUAUGGAUCAUUUUCUAAAAAAAAAUCCAUGGAGUAUUUUUGAGAAAGUUCAUGGAAGGUUUUCUGAAUCCAAAGAAAUUUGUAGCUGAAUUUCUGGAACAAUUCAUGCAAGAAUUUUUGAAAGAAAUUCUUGUGGCAUUUUCUUAAUGAAUCCGUGCAACAUUUUAGGAAGCUAUACGCGUAAGACUUUCUUAAGGAGCUCUUGGCGAAAUUUCUGGAUAACAUUGUAAAGUCUGUAAGAAUCUCUAUCAAGAAGAUUUUUAUUAUUUUUUUUUAACUAAAACUACGACGAGUUUCCAAAGGAGUGCCUGAAAGAAUUUCUUCAAGAAUCCCUGGGAGAUUUUUUCGGGAACUCGUGAAAGAUUUUUAAUAUGAGUUCUAGGUUGGAACUCAUAAAGUUACCAUGGAAGAAUUAUCGAAAAAUCUGUGGAAGUUUUUUCUGGAGAUAUUUCUGAAGAAAUUAUUUGUCGAAUUUAUUAUAAAAGCCAUGGAAGAUUUUCUGAAAGAAUCCCUCGAAAAAUCUGCGAAGGAACCCCUAGGGCAGUUUCUGGAGGUAUUUCUAAAGAAAUCCCUGAAAGAUGUUGUGACAGAAAUUUUUAGACUUCUGGAGGAAUUCCUAGUGGAAUUUCUGGAGAAAUUGGAAGUUGCUGUGGAAUUUCUGGUGAAAUCCCCAAAAAAUCUCCAAAGUUACUCCAGUACAAAUUUCUAAAGGUACUUUUGAAACAUUUUCUGAAAAAAAAAACUCUGGAAUAGUUUGUGAAGGCAUCACUGAAAGUUUUAUUAAAGGAAUUUUUGAUUUUUUUUUCUGGGGAAAUUUCUGCUUAAAUUCAUGGAUAUUUUCUUGGAAAUCAAUGGAAGAAUUUCAGAAGUAAAUCAUGCAAAAAGCUUUGAAAGAAUUCUUUGUGGAAUUUGUAGAACAGGAGUAACUUCUUAAAAAUUCCUGAAGAAAAUUUCCGAAUGAAGAUUUUUUGAAAGAUUUUUUUUUAUUUUUAGUCCUGGGCACCCACGGUGGUGCAGAGGGCCGAAUUGAAAGAUUUCCAUCCUGGGCGAUUGCCAGCCAUCGCCUUGACCUGUGGUCAGGUCAAAUUGAAAGAAUCCGUGAGGAAAUUUCUGGGCGAAUACUCAAACAAAUUUUGGAAAGAUUUUUUUUUAAUUUUUUAGAAGAAUUUCUUUUAAAAAAAAUUUGGUAGAUUUUCGAAAGGAAUCUCCUUUACAUUCUGCAAACGAAUGCCUAGUAAAAUUACUGAAGUAAUUCCUGGGCACAAUAGAAAGGAAAAUUUUUGAAGCAAGAAAGAAAAGAAGUUGAGAAUUUCAAUGGAAUCCCAGAAGAAUUUGCUGAAAUUAGAGAGAAUUUUCUGCGGGGGAUCUAGACAUGGAGCUUCCGAAGGAAUCCUAGUUGGGAAUUUCAGAUGGGAUUUUCAAAUAAACCCCUGAAGAAAUUUCCAAAGAAAUCUCUGCAGAAAUUCCAUUACCAAAAUCCUGGUAGAAAUUCGAGAGGAAAUUUUUGGAGGAAUUUCUGAAGAAACCCCUUGAGGAAUUCUUGAACAAAUUGGACAAUUUCUGAAGGAAUUCUUGGGGAAUCCCCGAAGAAAUCCCAAAAAGAAUUUCUGAGGGAAUCCUUAAAGAAACUUUGAAGGAUAUGGAAAAAUUUGAAAAAAAUACAUGGUGAAGGAGUUCUGGAAAAAAACCUCAAAGUAAUCCUGGCAGAAAUUUUUGAAGAAAUCUCGUGAGGAAUUCCAAAAGAAAUCCCGGGAGAAGUACUUAAGAGAAUCCUGGGAGAAAUUCUGAAGAAAUUCCUGGAUGAAAUCAAAGGGGCCAUUUCAAAAAGUCCUUCUCAUAGAAUUCCAGACAAAACUUUUGGAUAAAUUUCUGAACCCAUCUGUGAAGGAGCGACAGGAGGAAAAUCAUUGGGAAAUUUUUGGGAGAGUUCUUGGAGAAAUUUGAAAAGGUAUCAUUGAAAAAAAUAAUAAUUCCAGGAGAAAUCGUUGGAAUACCAGAAGAUAUUCGUGAACUCAUACAGAAAUUUUCAAAGGAACUCCCCAGGUGGGAUUUCCAAAUAAAUCUCUGAAGUAAUUCUUGAAUACACCCCUGAAGGAAUUACUGAAGCAAUCUUGCGAGGGAUUCGGUAAGGAUUCCAAAAAAUCCCGGGAAAAAAUCCUAAUAAAUUCCAAAAGGAUUUCUGAAGGAAUCCCGGGACGAAUUAUUGUAGAAAUCUCGGAGAUUUUCCUGAAAGACGCUUUCAAGGAGUAUAGGGAGAAACUCUUGAGAGAAUCUCGGAAGGAAUUCCUGAACAAAUUCCGCGAGGAACUCCUGAAAAAACUUGCGAGAAAUUUCUGAAAAAAUCCCGGGAGGAAUUCUUGAAGGAAUCUCAAAAUAUUUUUUGUAGGAAUCCCUGGAGAAAUUUUUGAAGAAAUCCUGGGAGGAAUGAUACGCGAAAUUCCAAAAAGAAUUCAUGGAUAGAUUUUUUAAUAAAUUUCUGAAAAAAUCCCAGAAGAACUGCCUGAGGCAAUCAUGACAUGAAAUUCCAAUAUGGAUUCCAGAAGAAAUACAAGAAGGAAUAUCAGGAAGAAUUCCUGGAGAGAUUCCAGGGACAAUUUCAGGGGAAAUUUCCUAAUAUCUGGAAAUCUUUUUGAAUUAAAAAAAAACCCGGGAGGAGUUUCUGAAGGGUUCCCGGGAAAAAAUGUGAAAUAAUCCUGGAAGAAAUUCUUGAAGGAAUCUCAGGAGAAACUCCUGAGGUAGUUUUGGAUGGAAUUCUUGAACGAAUCCAGCGAGGAUUUCCUAAAAAAAAAUACCGAGAGGAAUUCCUGAAGGAAUCCCGGAAGAAAAUCCUGAAGAAAUCCAUAAAGAAAAUCUUCAAGGAAUCGUGGGAGGUACUCCUGAGGGAAUCCCGGGAGGAGUUUCCGAAGGAAUCUUGGGAGAGAUUUUCGAAGAAGUUCCGGGAGGAAUUCAUGAAAGAACCCUUGAAAAAAUUCUUGAAGGAAUCCAGUGACGCUUCAUAGGCAAAAUUCCAAAGGGAACUCAAGGAGAAAUUCCGGAAGAAAUCCCAGGAUAAAUUUCUGAAAAAAUCUCGGAAGAUGUGCCUGAAAGAAUCCUGGUAUGAAUCAUAUCGUUAAUUCAGAAAAAAAAUCCAGGAAGGAAUCCCAGGUAUCUCGGAAGAUUUUUUCGAUUAAUUUCAGGAUGAAUUUUCUCAGGAAAUCCCAGUUUAAAAUUCUGCAAAGAAAACGAAAAAAAUCCCAAGUGGAGUUUCAGGAAAAAUUUCCUUUCCCAAAGAAUCUUGGGAAGAACUCCUGAGAAUUCGAGAAUUCCUGAAAGAACCUCGGAAGAAAUUCCUAAAAGAAUCUCGGAACAAAUUUCGAGGUAUCCCUGGAGAAAUACUUGAAGGAAUCCCAAGAGGAAUUCGUGGCGGAAUUCCAGGACAAAUACCAGAAGUAAUCCUUGGAUAAAUUCCUUAAGGAUUCUCGUGAGCAUUACUUGAAAGAAUUUAAGGAGAAAUUUCAGAAAGUAUCCUAAAGGAAUCCCGAGAGAAACUUCUGAGGAAAUCACGGGAAGACUUUUCAGGAUAAUCCUGAACGAAUCCUUAGAGGAAUCCUCGGAAGAAUUCCUGAAAGAACCCUGGGAUAAAUUUCUGAAGCAAUUCUGGGAGAAUUUCUUAAGGAAUCCCAGGAAUAGCUCCUGAGAGAAUCUUGGGAGAAAAUUCUGAACGAAUCCCGGAAGAAAUUCUUGAAAAAAAAAACCUGUGGGGAAUUCCUUAAGGAACUCCUGGAGAACUUCUUGAUGGAACCUCGGGAGAAAUUUCCAAGGAAUCCCAGGAUAAACUCCUGAAGGAAUCCCUUGAGAGAUUCCUGUAGCAAUCCUGAGAGGAACCAUGGGCGAUAUUCCAAAAAGAGAUCCAGGAGAAAUUCCGGAAGGAAUCCCGGGAAGAAUUUUAGAAAGAAUCCCGGGAGAAAUUCCAGAAGGAAUCCCGAGAGGAGUUCCUGAAAGAAUCCCGGGAGAAAUUCCUGAAGAAAUCCUGGCAGAAGUUCCUGAAGGAAUCUCAGGAGAAACUUCUAAAGUAAUCCCAGGAAAAAUAUCUGAAAGAGUCCUGCGAGGCAUUCCUAAAGGAAUCCUGGAAGAAACUGCUGAGGGAAUCUAGGAAUUUGUGAACGAAUCUCGUGAGGAAAUUCUCGGGAGAAAUUCUUAAAGGAAUCUCGGAAAAAGCUUCUGAGGGAGUUUUGGGUGGAAUUCCUUAACGAAUCCCGCGAGGAAUUUCUUAAGGAAUCCCGGGAGGAAUUCGUAAAGGAAUCCCGGGAGAAAUUCUUGUAGGAAUCUUGAGAGAAAUUCUUGAAGGAAUCUCCGGAGAAACUGCUGAGUGAAUCACGGGUGAAUUUUCUGAAGGAAUCUUACAAGGAAUUCCUGAAAGAAUCUUGCGAGGAAUUCCUGAAUUCAUCCCAGAGGUGUUGAUGAAGGGAUUUCGGGAGAAAUCUUAAACUAAUUCCGGGAGGAGUCCCAGCAUAAAUUGCUGAGAGAAUUCUGUAAGACAACUGAUGGAAACCCUGGAAAGUUUUCAAAGGAAUCCGGGGAGUGAGACCUUAUUGCAUGUAUGCAGGAAUUGCUGGACGAAUAACUGAUGAAGUCCAGACCUAAAAUCCCUGCAGGAAAUGUUGAAGGAAAUCGUGUACAAAUUCCUGAUAAAAUUAUGUCUGGUAGAACAUCAGAAGGAAUUUCUGAAUGAAAUGCCUGCAGAUAUCAGAUGAAUUUAUGGACGAAUUUUAAGGAAAAAAUCAUGAUGAAGUCCCUGAAGGACUAACUGAAUAAAUCUUUGGAGAAAUUCCUUACGAAAAAUCUGGAAUUAAAAAAAAACACUGAGACAAUUACUGGACAAAUUCCUAGAGGAAUAAUUGUAUGAAAUUUUGAAGAAACUCCUACAGUACAUUCUUGAAACAUUUCUUUAAAAAACCUGAAACGAUCACUAUCGGAAACCUUAAAGCCAUUCCUUGAGAAAUUUCUGAAAAAAAAAUCCUAAAAUUUAAAAAGAAAUCCCAGCUGGUUUAGUUCUUACCACGAAACGUUGAAUUGAAUUAAUUAAAUAAUAAUGAAAAUUUAUGAAUUUUGAACUACCGUACGCUGAAGUUUUGGGUUUAUUUUGACCUUUUCUCAAUGCAUUAGGUAAAUUAUUUUUUGGGAUCUUUGAAAUGUGUUUGCACUUUCGUAUGUUCAGCAAACGCAUAAACAAUCGAUCUACACAAUUGCAACGCAUUUUAAACAGUAAACCUUUUUGUACAUAUCAUCUGAGAUAAUUUUCAGUACUCAUGCGCAAAUUGUCGCUAACGCGUCGCACCGCACCGCUCAUCAAUGCAUCCGCGCCUUACAAUACUCGAUCGGUCUCGUUUUACGCGUUCUACCAACAAGUGCUUCUCAUCCGCCUACUAUGUAUGGAUUUUGUGUUGAAUCUCGCGCAGUCCAUUUGACAGGAGUGAACACACUGAACAAAAACAGUAUCCAAGUAAACGUGUUUAUCGGUUUAUGAAUAGAAUUAUAAACUUCCAUUCUUUAGUAGCAAUAAUUAACAAUAUAUUUAUGCGAUGUGUCAUCUCGACUGUGCAUGACAUGUAGACCGGAAGACGAUAUAUUAGAAUACACAAAAAAAGAAUAUAAUACAUUCAAAAAAUGAAACAACAAAAUGGAGCUUUAAUCUUGCACUUUAUAUUAUAUAUGAAUGAAGAGUAAAAAAAAAAACAAGAAAGUAUAUUAUCCUUUUGACUUUAAUCAUACAAUUAGAAACGUAAAUUUAACAUCUUAAAUCAUUAUUGUGAUAAUAGUGAAAUUCAAUCAUUUCAAACAUCCGUGCAUAAUGACUUUUCUCUGUAUUGAACAGAAAUCGUGAAGUUUAAUAGCUAGUAAUGAGUAUCUACCGGCGCGGUUAGCCCACACUCGGAAGUUACCAAACUACACAUACACAUGCAAGGAGAAUAGAGGGUUAAAUCUCUCACCAACACUAACACAGACACCUUUAGGGCGAAGUCAUUGGAAUAUUUGGAUAAGAAGAGCACACACACACAUACAUUCACCCUCUACCAUAUAUACGAGGUUAAUGAUUGAAAUAACUAAUUCACACUUCUCCAAACAUUAACCGAAAGUGAUGACAACAAAGAGUAAAUUGUAAUCUAGCAACUCUAUAUAUCGAAGCAAAAAG